AUGAAACAAAAAACUUUCGAUGUUAUCAAAGAAUUUUCAUCAAAAUAUCUCAUCACUGCUGAAGCUUUAACAAAUGAUGUAUUUAAUACACAAGCCAAAGAACUGAUUGAUCAUUUUAUAUCGGUAACUGUUGCUAAAAAUAUGUACAUCAAUGAAUUUAUCGAAUUUAGUAUUUCCAAAAACAGUAUUCAUACAGAUCUUCGUUCGAAUUAUCUUAUGAAAAUCUUUCCAUCAGUGAUCAGUUUUGGACCAGUAACUUAUCAGACAACUGAUGAUAUGUGUAGAUGUUCAGCUGAUAAUGUUUGUUCAAGUCCAGCUGGUAUUUAUAAUAUAACCGAACGAACAAAAAUUAUGAAUGGGAAUAUAUUUCAUAUAAAUCAGUCUGAUACACCGUUGAUAUUUCAAUUAUCUAAUAUUAAAGUUGGUUCUUAUCCAUAUAGUUCAUUAUAUUCAUCGAUACUUGAAUGUUUUUACAAUCAAUCAUGUAUUGAUCUUCUUCGUUCUUAUAUUCCUGGAUUUUCAUUUGUUUCUCCAUUGAUAUCAUCAGAUUUUCCUUCAGAAACAUUUGUCAAAUCUUUAAUCAUAGUUAUUAUCAAAUUUGUUCUCCACAUUCCUGUGUUUUAUUCAUACAAUCGACGAUUUAAUUUCUUAUAUAUUCUCACUGUUGUUCUUGGUCUUUUUGGUGGUUUGAAGAUGAUUUUACAAAUAUCUAUUCCAUAUUUCAUUCAAUUGAUACGACGAAUCAAAAUGAUGAUAUAUCAACGAUGGAAACGAAAGAAAACCACGAUAGUUAUUCAAUCAAAUGAAGAUCAAAGAAUGGGAUUUUUUUACAUUCUCAAAUCAUUGUGUGCUUUAGCGAAGAAAACUCUCUCAUAUAAACUUGCGGUAUUUAAUAGAACAUAUCUGAUAACUAAACAAGUAUUAUCCAAUAAUAUAUUUCAAAUUCAAAUAUCUUCAAUUAUUCAGCAAUUUCAACAACAAACUAUUUCUUCUUUUCUCGUUCUAUUUGAACUUAUUCGAACUUCAGUGCAACUUGGAAAUGGAAAUAACAAUGUUAAGAUAGAAUUUGAUGAUGAUGAACCAGUCUAUAUCACAUUAACUAACUAUUAUGAAAAGAAUUGUUCAUGUGGUAUUAAUACAAAUUGUACAACAUUUGUAGCGUUUUUCUGCCAUGAUCAAUAUUGUGAUGAAAAUUCUACUAUAAAACAAGUACCAAUACCUGCUUUUGUUCUAAGUUGUUUUACUCUUGAUUCUUUUCUCAUGUCAACACUAAAAUGUAUGUACGAUUCGUCAUGUUUUCAAAUGUUAUUAGAUGAUUAUUCAUUCGGAUUAGUUAAUAGUUCAAUCGAUCCACGUGCAAUCAAUGUCACUCUACUAAAUUCAACAAUCAAAAAAUGUGCCCCGGAAGAAUGUCUUUAUACAUACGAAGAACGUUUUGUCAAAAGUUAUGUCAUAUCUACAACUGUUUCUACUGUCAGUGGUUUAUCUAUUGCUCUUCGACUAUUAGUUCCUCUUCUUGUAAAAUUCCUUCGAAGAAUAUAUUAUCGUUAUUGGAAAUCGCAAGGACAAGAUCAACGAAUUCUUGUCGGAAUACGAGAAAAGAUUCAAACGAUGAAUGUCUAUCGAAAGAAAACUAUGGAAAAUCUUCCUGCAAACGAAGAAACGAUUUUAACUCGACGUCAACAUAUUGCUACUGGUUUUUAUAUUGUUUUCUUCAUUAUUUCAAUAGUUAUUAUAUUAUUUUCCGUUGGUUUUUCAUCGAAAUCUUAUCAUAAAACAGUUUCGUAUCCAAAUAUUUCAACAUAUGAGAAAUUACAAAGUCAAUACUUUUCAACAAUGACUUGUCCAUGUUCACAAAUUGCAAUUCCGUAUUCCAAAUUUCUCUCCGUUCGACCAUCUGCUUAUCAUGAAAUUUGUUCAAGUGAUCUAAUUUCAUUUGAUUUUAUUGAAUUUCUCUGGGGCGAAGAAACAACAGAUGGAUAUACUUUGAAUGUCGAUCGAAAAAUCUUGACUGCUCAUAUUCGUCUCCUAUCGGCAUUUUGUUCUCUCGGAAAGAAUCUUGUUGAGCAAAAGAUUAAAAUAUUCUCUGAACAAAAUUUCAUUAGUAUCGAAACGUUGACACGUCAUUCUUUUCAAAUUCAAAUCAAUUCAUUGAUUCAAAAUUUCAUUGACGAAAUACCAAUUAGUUUUCGUUGGACUCAUCAAUAUAUUACAGAUUUAUUUCAUGGAAAUCAAUUAUCACAUCGAUUUGGAUUGAAUUGGCUGUAUUUUACCUCUAAUGAACGAAAUCAUUAUUAUAUCAGAACAAAUCCAACACUUUACAAUGAAAGUGGUCAACCAUGUUCAUGUUUAACAUCAUCAACGUGUUCAAGAUCGCUACUGGCAAGUUUUGAUACAGUUGUACAAUUACCAGGUAAAGCAUAUCCAAAGGAGUAUAUUAAAAAUGAAAAUUAUUUCUUCAUAGGUAUAGUUUUGGGUUGUUUACCUAUUAUUGGUCUUCGUUUAUCAACACUUGAAUGUUUUUAUAAUUCAACAUGUUUAAGUGAAUUCGAAAAUUUCAUAAAUAGUUCGGAGAAAUUUAAUAUUCUCAAUAUAUCCGUAGAGACUCGAUUUAGUCCGAUAUCAUCGGUAUCAAUCGGUACAUUGAUUGAUGAACUAUUCAUUGAGAAAUGGGAAAAUUCGAGUAAUUAUUCCAAUUAUUUUGUGAAUUGUGCACCAUUAACAUGCCGCUAUAGUUAUGAAAAGAGAAAUGACUUUCUCUACGUAUUAACAACAUUUUUAGCUUUAUAUGAUGGAUUAAGUUUUACCUUAAAAGUAUUUAUUUGGUACAUUCUGAGUAUCUAUUGGAAAAUACGUCAACGGUUUGUUAUUCGUCGCAAUCAAAUUCAAGUGAUAAGUGGAGACCAGCAAUGA